AUAUUUAUUAUACGGAGUGGCAAGUUGGUUAAUAUGCAGCGUAUAAGGGCACCUAGAGAAGGACUUUUCUGGACCAGUGGCUUUUUUUUGGCAAAAAACAGAGUGCUGAUUUCUACUCAGAACGGGCACGCAUUUUUGUAUUCGGUACCGUGUGCGGAGCGUAAAUAUCCAUCGGAAAACAGUCAUUUGCUGGCCAAGCCUGGGCUCAUUCGACGUUCGUCCAUGCCAAAUCUACAGAAAUUCAAUGUUGAAAAGUCCCUGACACCUCCUUAUUCGAGAUCCGAAAAGCCAGAGUUAUUGGAAAUCGUGUGCUCCGAGGGUGAAGAUUCCGCCUGCAUUAGCGCUUUUGCGAAUUCCGGUAUGGAAGGAAGGUUGAGCUGUUGGUACUUGGUUGCCUUUCGUAAUCGCCCCCAAGGGACAUCGUUUGCGUGGAAAUCGCUUUCAACAACGGCAAAGGAACCAGGAACCGAUGAAAGUAGCCAAAGGAACGUUCUCGAAUCAAAAUGGCGUACAGAAAGGUGUUUAUCUGACAUAUGGCCACUGGACGUGCGCGAUGGUCCUGACAUCACGACUACCACAACAGUAGAUGAUGACAAAAUAGCGUUUGGUUAUGACAAUGGUGAAAUUCAUCUCGUGCCAAUCUCUCUGGUAUUCACGGAGGAAUCCCGAAUUUUUUCGCAAAGUUCAAUUAUGGUUUUAAAAGGUCACGUCGGAAAGGUCACAUGCAUGUUAACGCCAAAGAUCAGCUCUGGUCAUAAAUACCUGGUAUCUGGUGGAGAAGAUUGCUCAGUUCGGAUAUGGAGUUUGGAAAGUGGAAAACGUUUAGCCUCGUUCACUUAUCACUCUCAGCAGGUUACACAUCUGUUCGAAUCGCCCGUCGAAAAUUGCCCAAGAAUCCGAGGAUGUGUGGUCUCGGUCGCGCGAGAUAAUUCACUGGCAAUAAUAUCUUUGGAAGAGAUGAGCUGUAUCUAUGUUUUCGGUGGCUACCCUUAUCCAAUUCAAAAAAUUCAGUGGAGAAUAUCCGAACAGUUCUUGGUGCUGUGCUAUGGUGACGAAUCUGCACAUGUCUGGCAGAUGAAUAAUUCGGAACUCCAUCAGGUCUUUACUUCUGCAAGGGAGCUCAUCAAUGAUGAGAGCUGGAUAACGAGCACAAUACCACCAAAUCAUGUAGAUGACAGUAAGAAAAACAAUACUUUAACAUCAUCCCCUAUACGUUCAUCAAUCGAUG